AUGCUUCCUUUCGUCCUGCAGUCUGACAGCGGCUCGACGCCGUCCUCGCGGUCGCAGAAGAUCGCCCAGGCCAAGUGGGAGUUUCUGUUUGGAGGCCAGACGGAGGACAGUCGCCACACUAAAGACGUCUCACCUGUGACGCCCCCGACCAGCGGCUCGCCCAGCCCCACCCCUCCCUCCUCCCUCCAGCUGAAGCCAACCAAUCAGAGGAGGGGGCGGGACAGCGCGGGUCAGAAGCUGUCGUAUCAUGAGGUCCGGCAGAUCGAGGUGGAGCUGGUGACCCCCAACUCCCGAGGCUCCACCCCCAAGACGGGCAUCAUCCGGCGGACCAUCAAGUACUCUGAGACGGACCUGGACGCCGUGCCGCUGCGCUGCUACAGGGAGACCGACCUGGACGAGGUAAUGCGGGCCGAGGCAGAGGCGGCCGAGGAGGCGGACUCAGCCUUCGGGAGCAACCGCAGCGUCCUGGGAAACUGCAGCUUCAGCCCCGCCGACGCCUCCCCGAAGCCCCGCACAGGUGGAGGGAAGGAGGAGAACGGGGAGGAGGAGGACGAGGACGAGGAGGAGGAGGAAGGAGUGGUGAGCUGGGCCAGCGUCAGGAUGCAGGGAGACCGGCAGAGGCAGCGAGCCACCAAGGAGGAGGACGAGGUGUUCAGUCUGCUGCUGAAGGGGUGAGAACACAGCCAGGAACCAGGUUCACAUUCAUCACAGAGGCUCGGUUCCACCUGCAGGCUCAGCUGUCAUGAAUCCAGAUAAGAGUUAACCCUCUGGAUCUCAU